UAGUCAUUAAAAUAUAGUUCUGUACUAUCUAUUGUAAUGAAUAGUCAUACCUUCACACAGACUAAUUUAAUCUUAUGAUCAGUGUGUUUACAAUGUGUUUAGUAGGAUCUAGAAAGUGACACAACAUUUAGUCAAACAGCUGUUCAUUAAACUGCAAUGUAUCAACAGUUGUAUGUUCAUAGUUUGUUUUUACACAUUGACCAGCAAACAUGACAAAUUAAAAAAAAAAAAUUAAAAAAAUGUCCUCCACACAUAUUAGCACUUGAUUUUGGAAAGACUGUACACUCCCUCAUUCACCUUGUUGGCCUAGAAUCAGUUUGCACUGCACAGAAUUAGCUAUGCAAUCAUACUGCUCACUCAUUUUUAACUGUUGAUCUCGCUGAACACACUCCUUGCUUUUAACUGCAUUAACAAGCCAAUGGCCUACUUUUGCAGGAAUUGUUAAAGUGCACCUGACCUGUCAGUAGCAGUGGUGGAGUGGGCAGGCAGGCAAGCAGGAUAGCUAGCUGGGGGAUGGGCUGGAUGGUUGGUUGCCUAAAUGAAUGCAAGCCACCCAGUAAGAGUACAGAUAACCGCAUAAUUAACCAUGCAGCAGCAGCAACAGUAGCUGUUGCUGCUUGCAUGGUUAAAAAGAAAUUGCUUUAUGUGUGCAGCAAUACUACUGUCAACAACAAGUCUAUACACACAGCAGUAGCAGCAGUUAGAGUCUCUGCUGCAUCAUCACAGUUUCUGUCCUGCUCACGGAGGAAGCAUAUUAACCUGACUGAGCAACUUAACAAUGCUUAUUCACUUGCCUUCUGCCCAGCUGCAAACCUUUCAUUGCAAAGCAAGGCAAUAAAGUAGUCCUGAUCAACACACUAAAGAAAAAAAAAAUCUCGAAUAUUUACAUUAUCAAUCAUCUUUUUCAGUAAAUCUCAACUCUGUAUUCAUGUUCUGUUUCUAUUAGUUGAGCGAGUCACUACAAUAUCUGGAAGCAUUAUAUUGGAAUGUUAAAAAAAAUACCUUAAUCAUACACAACCUUCAUCUUAUAAAGAAACUCCCUGUUUCCAAAUGUGCUUACCAGUUUGUUGCUUUCUGAGUUCACCAACUUCACAUGCAAGAAAAAUUAUGAAGAAUAUGUGUUUUUCAUGUUGAGUCAACAUUAUACUGAAAAUGGUCCACAGCUCAUGUUGGAUAUUUCUCAAUCAUCUCCAAUGGCUGGUUCCUUUGGAUUGUUACAUAACUAAUACACCUGAACUGAAUGGUUACUUAUGAUAAUAUUGUUCUUGUGACUAGGGGUCAUCCUCCUGUGAAAUGGAUUUACCAGGUUCUAGUGCCUUUCACCAAAGUUUCCUGAACACCUCCAUGAUUUCAGAUGAUAGUCCAACUGUCCAGAAGCGAGUCUCAUAUGGUGGUGAAUCCUUUCCUUAUGGAAUCAGUGGUGUUGCCAUGCCCGAUUAUGGCUAUAGUGGCAGUGUUUAUAAUUAUUCACGAAAGAGUUUUCCCCGAAAAUCACGGGUAUGUUGUUACUGUGGAAAAUCUUUCACCAGGUCGACAACGAGACGCUAUCACGAAAAGCGAUGUCCACUUCUACGUGCUGCUGGUAGUUUAGUGGAACAGAAUGAACAACCUGUUGAUAAUGGAGCAACUGCUUCAACUGAUCACAAGUUUUAUGCAAUUGGAUCACAAAGCCCAGCGUCACUCACCAAUUCAAUUAGUCCGGCUUCUGAUUCUUGUCGUGCUGGAGUUGAAGAUGAACUUUCAAAACAGCCUGUCACAAAUCGAAGACGGUCAUUUGACCAGGCCAAUUUGGAAAGUGUGUUUGUUAAACAAGAACCUUCUGAGUUUCUCAAUAUGUAUGUUAGGACUUCAACACCACGGACAGGUUCAUCUGAAAAUAACCCAUAUGUAAAUUCUGACAGUAAUAAACAGGAAUCUUCAAAGCCAUUGGUAAACUUUCCGUCCCAAUCCAGUAGCAGUAACAAAGAUGUAAAUGGCGAAUCGGUCAUUACAUCUACACCUAGGUAUGAUCAGGCAGGAAAUGUUGAAUCACACUCAAAUUUGGAGAGUGAUUCUCUUAGAACGAUUAGAAUUGAGAAAACAGAGACAGAUGUCCCAAAAAAUGAUGGUUCAGAAACCAGUAUAUACAAAAACCAUUCUUCAACACAUUUGGACCAAAUGUUGCAAGGUGAUGCAACCUCUUUGUCAGCUCGUCCUCAUAAAUCUUCACGUUUACAACAGUCAACUCAGGGAGCUUCCCAUUCAUCAGCUUUUAGAAUUGAGCGAAGAGUAUCUAAAAUGAUAAACAAACAUCGAUGCGGCUUGUGUGGCAAGCUGUUUGAUACCCAGAAACAGCUUCAAAUGCAUGAGCAAUUACAUACUAAAUUUAGGCCAUAUACUUGCCGCUUCUGUGGUCAGCGAUUUACGAAAUCAGCAAUGAGAAUUCGUCAUGAGCGUUCUCAUCUUGGGGAAAAGCCAUUUAUGUGUAUUGCGUGUGGGUCCUCAUUUACUCGAAACUAUAGCCUGAAACUGCAUGAGCAGCGCCGGCAUUCUCGAGGUCCUUGUAUCUGUACAGAUUGUGGAAAGGUGUGCGAGUCUUUAAGCAGUCUCAAAUUCCACACUCAGAAACAUGAAUCUUUUGAUGCUUUUGCUGCUAAAGACAACAACAACAGCACCCAAAUGGAACCUACAGCAACUGGCAUAACCAGCUUUUCUUCAACUACACCCAAAGCUGCAGAACAGCAGGAUAAUCCGGAAUCCCUUAAAAAGGAGUCUGAUCCACCAAGUGAUUCUGGAUCUGUCAGCCAAACUAGCAACAAAAAACUGCCAGAUGACAGUAGUAAGACUACUGUAGCACCAAGUACAGGAGAGGAAGAUGAUGCUAAGGCUAAGGUGAAAUGUAAUGAUUGUGGUAAGGAGUUCACACGACCUUACUUGCUCAAAUACCAUAUAAAGGUACAUGCUGGCUUAAAACCAUUUGAGUGUCCUAUCUGUGGGAAAAGAUUUGGAUAUAAAAAUAACAUGAAAUCUCAUCUGAAACUUCAUGCUGGAAUUAAACCAUAUCAGUGCUGUGUCUGUGAUGCAAAAUUUACACGAGGGUCUACGCUUCGAAGGCAUGCUCGUAAGCAUGGCAUCAUGGCUACAUCAAUAUGGGACCUGUUUUCAAACUCUGGAAUAUCACAGUCACAAGCAUUCAGUGCCAGUAAUCUAGCCAAAAAAGUGGCUGCUGCUGCUGCUUCAUCACUACACACUAGUAAAACGAACUAUGCUUCUCAAAUCGGGGUCAUUCCAGAUAGUUCUGACCCAAAUCGUCAGAACUAUGAUUCACAUUCAGCCGAAUCCUCCAUACCUCAAUCUAUAGCCAACGGCAGUAUAUACCUAAACUACAAACACUCAGCAACUCAACAUACAUACCAUUCACCUUUAGCUACCUCAGCAGUCAUCCAACCCACUUCUUCCGUUACCUCAUACUCCCCAAACUCUCCUCCACUCACUGCCCUCAAUCUCAGCAUAAAAAACAAACCUGAUGUGCAGUAUCAAAGCUCAGACGUGCUGAGGACAUCCUGGAACCUGCAGCGGCCUACCUCCUCAUCUACAAGCAUAUCUUCCAAUUUGGAAAGCAAAAUGUCCACUCCAUUACUUUUACAAAUAAACAACAGUGAACUACUGCCAACCAAGCAUUCUGCUUAUAAGGUCUCUCAACCCAAAGCUGAAUAUCGUGAUUUCGAAGCUCAAACUAAUUUGUGUGAUUGUAGCCGUACAAUUGAAGAUAACGUCCAGGCCAACAUGUAUGGCGCUCACUUGCCAGCAUCCCGUUUGAUUAAACAGGAGAGCAGCUUACGUUAUAGUCCAGUUACAGUGUCAAAUGGGACAUCACCGGUGAAAUUUGACAAAAUAGGAAGCUCGUUUAAUGGAGAAACAGUUUCUUCUUUGCUCACAACUGGACGUAUGUUUGUCUGUGAAUACUGUGAAUGCUACUUCAAGGAAUAUGCCAUGUAUCGCAUCCAUCAAAAGCUGCAUGUUAAAGAUGAGAGCCGGCCCUAUCUUUGUCCAGUCUGUAAUGAGGACUGUCAUGAUAGGAUAUACUUUAGUUUGCAUAUUUCAGAACAUUUAAAGUAGGAAGGCUAGCUCUUAAGUUUUAUUUUGAUGCAUGCUAUUGCAAUAAUGUUGGCACAUCCUACCUCGACACAUUUUUCGUCUAUUCUAGAUGAAGCAUAGAAUAAGAAAAAUGGAAAGAAAAUAAUUUUUUUUUUUUAGUUUUUUUUUUGUUUAUACAUAUAUAUAU